GGGAAAAAAUUAAUAAAAUUACACAACCUAGUUUAUUUUGAUACCAUCUGAUACUACCAAAAAUUUUUUCCGACAUAUUGCUGAUGACUACUACAAUCAUGCAUACCAUACAUACGUACAUAUGUGUGAAGUAAUAAUUCGACCGAUUCAGUAUUUGUUUCAUAUAAGACAAUACUUUUCUUUCGAUUCUAUUGAAUCAUUUAUAUAAAUUAUUUGAAUUAGGAAAUCUAUUUGUAUUUAAUAAUAUGUGGGCAGACACUAUUUUAAUUGUCUUCAUUAGUGUAUGUACAGCAUUAUUAGGCGAAGGAUUAACAUGGUUGAUGGUGUACAGAACUGAAAAAUAUCAGAAAUUAAAGGCAGAAGUAGAGAAACAAAGUAAAAAAUUGGAAAAAAGAAAAGAAGCUCAUGGUGAUUCAUUAGAUAAACAACAAAAAAAGAAGAUAGAACGAGAAGAAGAAAGGCUAAAAAAUAAUAAUAGAGAUUUAUCGCUUGUAAAAAUGAAGUCUAUGUUUGCAAUUGGAUUUGCAUUUACUGCUCUUUUGAGUAUGUUUAAUAGUAUAUUUGAUGGCAGAGUAGUAGCAAAAUUGCCAUUUGUACCAAUAAGUUGGAUACAAGGUUUAUCACAUAGAAAUCUAUCAGGCGAUGAUUAUACAGAAUGUUCUUUUAUAUUUCUGUAUAUACUUUGUACUAUGAGCAUUAGACAAAAUAUUCAAAAAAUGCUUGGCUUUGCUCCUUCAAGAACAGCUAGCAAACAAAGUGGUAGUAUCUUUGGACCACCACCUCAACAAUUUAAAUAAUUUUAAAUUAUAAAAGAAUAAAUAAAUUUAUACAUCAUAUGUUAUUAAUUAUUUAAAAAUAUUUAAAUAUAUUGAAUUAAUAAAUUCAAGCAUAAUAUUAAUAA